AUUAAUUUUAAAAUGGUGAAGAAUGUUGCUUAAGAGAGUGUGAAUCAAAAACUUUAAUUGGUUGUCAGAUCAGGAAAGAUCACCAUGGGAUAUAAGCAAACAUUGAAGGCAAUCAGAAAUGGAACAGCCAAAUUAGUGUUUAUUUCUAACAAUUGUCCCACAAUUAGAAAGACCCAAAUUGAGUAUUAUGCCAUGUUGGCUCAAAUCACCAUUGUGUUAUAUUAAGGAAACAACGUUGAUUUAGGUACGGGGGUUUAGAAGGAGAGUUUGUUCUUCUUUGAUUGA